AGCGUAUAUCAUUACAGACUAUAUGGGCAUCCGCAAUGAGAGUUUCAUGAAAUUAGCCGCAGUAGGGACCUGGAUGGGAGACUUUGUCACAGCUUGGAUGGUCACUGAUAUGAUGCUGCAGGAUAAACCCUAUCCUGACUGGGGAAAAUCUGCAAGAGCUUUCUGGAAGAAAGGAAAUGUUAGGAUCACUUUAUUCUGGACGGUCCUUUUUACUCUUACUUCCGUCGUUGUUCUAGUCAUUACUACUGACUGGAUAAGCUGGGACAAGCUUAAUCGAGGAUUUUUGCCCAGUGAUGAAGUUUCCAGAGCAUUCCUUGCUUCUUUCAUCUUGGUCUUUGACCUUCUAAUUGUGAUGCAGGACUGGGAAUUCCCACACUUCAUGGGCGCCGUGGAUGUGAACCUCCCAGGUCUGCACACUCCUCACAUGCAGUUCAAGAUCCCUUUCUUCCAGAAGAUCUUCAAGGAAGAGUACCGUAUUCACAUAACAGGUAAAUGGUUUAACUAUGGAAUUAUCUUCCUCGUCUUGAUUUUGGAUCUUAAUAUGUGGAAAAAUCAGAUAUUUUAUAAACCUCAUGAAUACGGGCAGUAUAUUGGCCCAGGGCAAAAGAUAUACACAGUGAAAGACCCAGAAAGUUUAAAGGAUUUAAACCGAACAAAGCUGUCUUGGGAAUGGAGGUCUAACCACACCAACCCUCAGACAAAUAAGACCUAUGUGGAAGGAGACAUGUUUUUACACAGCAGGUUCAUUGGGGCUAGCCUGGAUGUGAAAUGUCUGGCUUUUGUCCCAAGUUUGAUUGCUUUUGUGUGGUUUGGCUUUUUCAUCUGGUUCUUUGGACGGUUCCUGAAGAAUGAGCAAGGCAUGGAAAAUCAAGACAAAACUUACACUCGCAUGAAAAGGAAAUCCCCUUCAGAACAUAGCAAGGAUAUGGGGAUCACUCGAGAGAACACAGAGGCUUCCGUGGAAGAGCCAUUGCACGACCCUCCACUGGUUUCCAUCGGGUCCGACUUCAAUGAGAUCAUCUACAAAUCUUCCCACCUGACUUCAGAGAACUUGAGCUCCCACUUGAAUGAAUCUACCAGUGUGACAGAAACUGAUCUAGACCCGACCACUUCUAAAAGUACCCCUACGAACUAG